AUGGAACACCAUAGACGACCUCCAGUUAAUAUGGAACACCAUAGACGACCAACAGUUAAUAUGGAACACCAUAGACGACCAACAGUUAAUAUGGAACACCAUAGACGACCUACAGUUAAUAUGGAACACCAUAGACGACCUAUAGUUAAUAUGGAACACCAUAGACGACCUAUAGUUAAUAUGGAACACCAUAGACGACCUACAGUUAAUAUGGAACACCAUAGACGACCUAUAGUUAAUAUGGAACACCAUAGACGACCAACAGUUAAUAUGGAACACCAUAGACGACCUACAGUUAAUAUGGAACACCAUAGACGACCUACAGUUAAUAUGGAACACCAUAGACGACCUACAGUUAAUAUGGAACACCAUAGACGACCUACAGUUAAUAUGGAACACCAUAGACGACCUACAGUUAAUAUGGAACACCAUAGACGACCUACAGUUAAUAUGGAACACCAUAGACGACCUACAAUUAAUAUGGAACACCAUAGACGACCUACAGUUAAUAUGGAACACCAUAGACGACCUCCAGUUAAUAUGGAACACCAUAGACGACCUCCAGUUAAUAUGGAACACCAUAGACGACCUCCAGUUAAUAUGGAACACCAUAGACGACCUCCAGUUAAUAUGGAACACCAUAGACGACCUACAGUUAAUAUGAAACACCAUAGACGACCUACAGUUAAUAUGGAACACCAUAGACGACCUACAGUUAAUAUGGAACACCAUAGACGACCUCCAGUUAAUAUGGAACACCAUAGACGACCUACAGUUAAUAUGGAACACCAUAGACGACCUACAGUUAAUAUGGAACACCAUAGACGACCUCCAGUUAAUAUGGAACACCAUAGACGACCUACAGUUAAUAUGGAACACCAUAGACGACCAACAGUUAAUAUGGAACACAAGUACUUACAGUGUUAA